AUGUGGGGGGUAUCAUAUUGGGUCUUCCCCGUCGUCUCCGGCUUCUGCUGGCUCGGCAUGCUCAUGGGCCUCCUCAUCCAUUGGAACGUCAUCGGCAAACCACACUACCCCUCCAUGGACGACAACCAGAGCAUCGCCUAUAUCAGCGACGUUGGCGCCGAAGGGCUCAAGCCCCUCUUCAUCGCCGGUUCCUGCGUCACCACCGUCUUCCUCGACCUCUCCUUCCUCUCGGAGCGUUGGCUGCGGCACAAUGGCCGCCUGGCGAAGAAUACCACGACCAUCGAGAAGGUGUUGAGCGGCCUCAGCAUGUUUUUUGCCCUGAUCGGCACAGCUGGCUUGAUUCUGCUGAGUAUCUUCGAUACGUUGAGGCAUCCGACGUUGCAUGACAUCUUUUUGCUGCUUUUUAUCGUGGGUUACGUUGUGAGCGCUAUCUUCAUCUGCUGGGAAUAUCAACGUCUUGGCAUACAUUUCCGAGAACACCGCAUCCUCCGCGCCUCUUUCUGGCUCAAACUCGCCUUUAUCCUAGUAGAAGUCGUACUUGCCAUUGCUUUUGCAGCCACCAAUUUCAAAAAGUCCUACAACGCAGCAGCAGUCCUCGAGUGGGCCAUUGCUUUCAUCUUCACUUUCUACGUCUUUAGUUUCUUCAUUGAUCUCUUGCCAGCGGUCCGGACGAAAAAAUCGAGCAAAAGAUUUGGGAGCACUGGAGAGGAAACACAGAUGCAGAUGGAGGAACACGAUGGUGCUGCGAGUGAGAGGACUUUGGGCGCGAACAGCGAGCCGAGGACAGGGAAUGGUGUAAAAGACAGUCGACAGGCUCCGCUAUCGAGUAACUUCUAA